AUGCUACCUGAAAUUCGUCAACUUCUCGAGUUCUCCGAAAAUGUUCAACACGACGGCGACAAGGUCCUGCAGCGAUGGAAACUAGCUAACGCAACUGCCAUGUGCGCUCACAUUCGACGAUCAGAUUUCGUCGAGUUAGCUGUCGCCACAGACCUUCACAAAAGCGUUCGUGACAUUGAGAGCAUUGCAUUUCAACAGGGAGUUGAUCUCUACGUGGCCUCGCGUGCUUGCGGUGCCAUGCUGAUUACAGCGCCGACGUCAACAUUCGGCUGGUGGUUAGCCUUCUUCACACCUAACCAGAACUCGGUAUUCUACAGCAAUGACAAGCGAAGGAUGGCUGACAAAGUGCCGCAGAAGUCGCUGUUUUUG